AUGAUAAUGCUGCGCUCCCUUGUUACUGGAACUCGGCCAGCUCUCGUUGCCGCUACUCUGUCAACCAAAUCCGCGAACUCCACCCGUGGUCCUAUUUUAAUGUCAUACGGGGAUGGAUUCUUAGGUGCUCUGGGUACAGGUGGUUACGAGAACGUUCUCACUCCCACGCCGCUUCCAACCACUACAGAGCUAUCCGUGAAGGAAAUCUCAGUUGGCUGGGCACAUGCCGGGUUUGUAACUAGUGAUGGUGACGCUUAUAUUUAUGGUCGAACCCACUCGUUUCGGGACGUGAUUCGUACCACAAACAUGCAGCGAGUGCUACCAAAGCUCGUGUGGUGGAUAAAUAGCUUUACUCGGGCGCGUGGGGUGGACACGAUGGAACCAGCCUUACUAGAAUUGCCUGAUGGAGAGCGUGUCAAGAAAAUUGUGUGUUCUACGGCGCUGACAUUUCUUCUGACAGAAAGUGGCAAGCUUUUUACAUUAGGGGCUAACAGCUAUGGCCAGUGUGGUAUUGGCGAGGAAGGCAUCAGUGUUCCGCUGCCAACGCACGUGAAUAUUGACGGCGAUGAAGUCAUCGAUAUUGCUGCAGGUUAUCAGCAUGGGCUUGCUGUGACACGAAAUGGCACCGUUUUUUGCUGGGGAAAGGGUGAACGCGGUCAGCUCGGCUUCGGCACAGGCAAUGCAGACGCGCCACAAGAACUAAUCGCGCUCAGGGGCAAGAAAAUUACCAAAGUGAGUGCCGGUUUUAACCACUCGUGCGCUGUAUCAGAGGACGGCGAGUUGUACUUAUGGGGCAAGUUGCUGAAUCCGAAGGGAAAAAUUGAGUCAAACGGUGACCAGAUCACCCCGCGGCUCGUUCGGACAAGUGAAGCCGUGAAUCUUCUUCAAAGCAGCCAAUUCCAUUCAACUUUUAUCACUGCUGACGAUAAGAUUUGGCUUGUUGGCCGCACGCCGGCGGGUCGUCAGAAGAAGAAUGAAUCUGCUUACGUUGCCUCGAAAAUGCACCCAAACCCACUGCAGAUCACCAACGAGCAAGUUGUGCGCACGAAGGACAUCGUUUACAUUGGUCAAGGCGUGGAUAAAUCUUCAUUUGUCACGGCUAAUGGGCGAGCAUUUGAGUGGAACUUUGAGACUGGGCUUCACUGUGUAAAUGACCUCGCAAAUUUGAGAGUCAUGUCGUUAGAAAGUGGUUUUUAUUUUCGUCUCCUACUAGCUCAACCAAAAGAGUAG